CCAGCCUGCCGUGGAAGUUUUUUUCCAUAUUGAUUAGUUAUGUCGCUUUUGUUGUUUACCCGUUAAUUUUCCUAAAAUUGUGUUGAAAAAUAAAAAAAUUUGAUUUAAAAAAUCACGUGAAUACUUUAAAAAACGGUGUAACAUCCGCGGCUUUCCGAUAUUUUCCAAGGUGACGACGAACUGCACGAUUGGUAAGACAGUCGUGAAGCAACCCCAGAUGUCCACUGGAGUGGGAGGCGGAGGAAGCAGCAUCACUACUGACCACAGCCGAUUAUAUUUCCUCAAUUCGCCAUCAACACCGCUUUCCGCGCGCGAUCCAUUUUUCAUCAAGCCGGAAUACCUCAACUAUGAAAAUCCCAUGCACCACCUCUACCCUAGUAACAGGGGCUUAAUCGACUACAACAACUAUACGAGUGCUGCAGUAGCAGCAGCCAGUAAUAGCGGCAGUACAUCGACAAACGCCGUUGCAGCUGUCGCCGCCCUUAACUUAGAAAAUACUUUUCAACAACCUCAGUCACAGCAAUCGUCAUCUUCGUCAUCUCAACAACAGCAACAAACCGCUUCAUCUACGAGCCAGCAGCAAACGCCGCAAGGCCAACAGCACCCGUUGCAACUUCACGUCAGCACACCGCCAUCAAGUAGAGCGCAAAAAGCAGCUCGUCGGCGAAGCAACGAAUCAGUGGAGGCACGUCAGCGACGACUUGCAAGAAACGCUGCCCGGAUGCGCGAAAAACGAGCCAAAGAAAGUGAAGAAGAAUAUCGGGUUCGGCUUGCGAAAAAUGCGGAAGCGAACCGUGUACGACGUCAGAAUGAAAAUGAAGUACAAAGAACCCUAAGACUGAUGAAAAAUGCGGCUAGACAGCGGCUGCGGCGCGCUAGUGAGACCCAAGAUGAACGCAAAAAGCGACUAGCUAAAGCUGCUGAACGUAUGCGAACUGCGCGAGCUAAUGCACCAAAAGUGUAUAAGCCACCACUGGAGGAUCGCCUUAAGGGUUACUAAAUAUACAUAUAUACAUAUACGUUUGCAGCCAGCAUCAGAUCUAUCUCAUCAUGGACCAGAAGACGUAUGGUUUUGAUGUUAUAAACCAUCAACCAAUUAUAAUUGACGCAACAAACUUAUAAUAAUAACCGUUAAUAUAAUAAAUUAGUAACACAACAAAUCAGCUGGAUAGUAGGCAGAACAAGAUGCAAAAGGGAAAGGUUUGAACAGAAGGAUGGAUUUAGUCGCACACGCAUUGGCAUAAGUCCUGGUUACUUGGCUUUCACUGCGAUCGUAUCAUCAGAGGGUAGAGGAGGCAAAUUAGGGGCAACCCAUAUACGCCCCUCAUCCGAAAAUUUAAUUAAGUUUAUGGAAUAAAGUAUUUUUAUAAUGCAUGCAUUACAUUGAUAUAAAAUGAAAUGUAAUAAUUAUAAUAAUAAUAAUAUAACAAAUAUAUAGAAGCGUACAUAUGUAAAUGUAGUCGGUCACACAAACAAGCAAACAAACACACCAAUUAGUACCACAACCACACAAACACAAAUGAACGCAUUAUUAUAACUACAAUGUAGCACCUAUAGCGUUAUAUCUAAAUCUCCAACAGAUUAAUCUAAGCCCGCUAAAAAGCUCCUUAAUUAAUUAAAUUCCCAUUUGUGCUGAUGCUCUAGACAUUUCCGUAAAUGACAUGUAGUUAUAAUUCAACAUAAAAUUCGAUUCUGUAAUGAGAUGUUUUACUAUUAAAUACGCAAUACAUAUAGUCAAGUUAACUCCUACGUAUUUUUUUUUUUCAAUUUUAUUUAAGUUCUAGUCAAAAUUCAACUUUUAUCUUCAUUGUUUGAUGUAAUUAAUAAAUAUUUUCACAUUAUGUAAUAUGUACACUCUAUGCUGGAAUAAAGUUGCAUCAUUCACAUUUUUAAAGUAAA